AUGGCCGACCAGAGCAAGUCUGAAAAUUAUACUAUCAGCGCAGCUCUAAACAGCUCGAUGCUUCAAAAUUUUCUCAUGGUAUCUGCAAGAAGUUCCUCAAACUCUGGUCGCCGUAUCGUGUCUGUGUCAAUAUCGGCACUUUACCUUCUCUGCCUCAUCGACCUGUUUUUAAACUGGUAUUUUCUCAAUUGGGCAUUUAUUGAGCACGGAAAGACACAAGAUUCCGUGUUCCGGGCAGCGGUGGGGCUGGGUGCACCGAUAUGGCUUCAGAUACUGAACGAGGUUCUUCUCAAUUUGUUGCUAGUCUGCGCCGAUGCUCUCUUGAUAUGGCGUUGCUUCCACGUUUGGGGCCGGUCCUGGAAAAUUAUCUCGGUUCCAUUGCUAUUCCUCUUCGCAGAAACCGGUCUAUCCAUUACUACCGCCCUAUUUCACGGGAUAUUUCCCCUUUUCAACAGCCACCACCGAGCCAUGACAUUCAACAACCUCAUCACCGCCCUCGCGUUCACAUCGCUCGCCAGCACCUCCUGUGCAACAUUAUUCAUUGCCUACAGAAUCCAUCAGGUAAACAAAGAGAUAAACAACCUGCGCGUCACGUCGAUUACCAGGUACAACCGUAUUAUAGCAACGAUAGUCGAGUCGUCGGCGUUGUACACGCUCGUGCUACUUCUUUUUGCCAUUGUCGGGGUUGUACCGCCGUUGAACGAGGUUACCUUGUCUUUGUCGGAAGCGAAGUAUUAUCUGCAAGUUAUAUUGGUUAUUACUGCGGGAUUGGCUCCGACAGCUAUGGUGGCAAGGCUUGGCUUGAUAUCUCCUCAUAUCACCGCCGCACGGUCUGAGCCAUUAAGAGAAGAGUUGGAAUUCAAUAAUACAAGUGAGAUAUAA